GAGAUAAAAUCUCACGACUACCCCACACUGGUCAAAAGCAUCAUCUCAUGUCAAUAAAAACAGUGACAAAUUUAGUAUUAAAUACAUCUUUUCCAGUUUUUAAGUAUUAGAAUUUUAAUAAAAUGCCGUACGCGAAUCAACCGUCAGUACACAUCUCAGAUCUCACUGAAGAAAAUGUAAAAUUUCAAGUUGAAGAUACAGAAUUAAGCGUUGCAAACAGUAUGAGACGCGUUUUUAUUGCGGAAACACCUACCAUGGCUAUUGAUUGGAUACAACUGGAAGCAAAUUCAACUGUUUUGAGUGACGAAUUUUUAGCACAUAGAAUUGGAAUGAUACCAUUAAUAAGUGACGAUGUUGUUGAUAGGAUACAAUAUACCAGAGAUUGCCAAUGUAUGGAUUUUUGCCCGGAAUGUAGUGUGGAGUUCACGCUGGAUGUAAAGUGUACAGAAGAUCAAACAAGGCAUGUAACUACUGCAGAUUUCAAAUCCAGUGAUCCAAGAGUGUUACCUGUUACAUCUAGACACAGGGAAGAUGAUGCCAGUGAAUACGGAGAAACAGAUGAAAUACUGAUAGUAAAAUUGAGGAAAGGACAGGAAUUAAAAUUAAGAGCAUAUGCCAAGAAAGGUUUUGGAAAAGAACAUGCAAAAUGGAAUCCAACAGCUGGUGUAAGCUUCGAGUAUGAUCCAGACAAUUCAAUGAGACACACAUUAUUUCCAAAACCAGAUGAAUGGCCAAAAUCAGAGUACAGUGAAUUAGAAGAAGAUCAAUAUGAAGCACCAUUUAAUUGGGAAGCUAAACCAAAUAAAUAUUACUUUAAUGUUGAAAGUAGUGGAGCAUUAAAACCUGAAAAUAUUGUAAUGAUGGGCAUUGCAGCUUUGAAAAAUAAACUGUCUAAUCUGCAAACACAAUUAAGUCAUGAAGUUCAAAGUGAUGCAUUGAGUAUUCACCACUGAAUUACAUGUAGUCUUAAGAAUUUAUUAGGAAUUAAAUUUUACAUUAUCAUUUUUAAAUAAAUCAUCAUUGAAAUAAGUA